AUGGCCUGCAGAGGGUGCUGGGAGUGCAUAUUGAAGCUAUUGAACUUUGUUCUGACCCUUGUGGGGCUGGCCAUGGUGGGUUAUGGGAUCUACUUGCUGGUUGAAUACCUGAAAGCUGCUGACACAGUUGCCAUGUCUUCGCUUGUGGGUGACAAUCAAGCUUUGAUACAGCUCAGCCGACCUAUGCUCAUGACUGUGUCUCUUUCAUCUGAUAUAUGGGAUAAUUUGCCAAAAGCUUGGUUCAUCUACUUGUUUAUUGGAAUUGGAGCAAUUAUAUUUGUCAUCUCUUGUUUUGGUUGCGUGGCCGCCAUGACACGGAAUGGCUGCUGCUUGAGUUGUUAUUCGGUUUUGCUGAUCCUUUUGAUAUUGGUAGAGCUGGCAGGUGCAGCCUUUAUAUUCUUUGACAAAAGCUGGGAAGCUGAAAUCCCAACAGAUAAAAGUGGAGAUUUUGAGAUGAUAUAUGCAUUUCUGAGAGCUCACUGGGACAUUGUUAGAUGGGUUGCUCUUGGAGCCGUUGUCUUUGAGGCUCUACUUUUCUUGCUAGCUCUUGUGGUUAGGGCAGCAAACAGACCAGCAGAGUAUGACAGUGAUGAUGAGCUCAUAGCUCCAAGACAACAAAUUAGACAGCCAUUGAUCAGUAACAGGCCAGCAGUUCCGGCAACUGGUGUACCUGUUGCUGGGGCUAGUGAUCAACGACCGAACAGAAGUGAUGCUUGGAGUACACGCAUGAGGGAAAAGUACGGGCUUGAUACAGCUGAGUUUACAUACAACCCAUCUGAGUCAAACAGGUUCCAGCCGGUACCAGCUCAGCCACAAGAAGAAAGGAGCCGAUGCAGCAUCAUGUGA